AUGGGUGACGAUGCUUACUGUUGUGCUCCUUUUUUUAAUUAUCCUGUUUUCCUUCAUUUUUUUUACUCUCUUACGAAGAAAGAAAGUACUAAACGCUACUGUGAAAUUCGAAGGCUCUGUAAGGACCAACAGCACACACACCGCCCACACACAAAUAUUUAUAUGCACUCACGUGCUGCUGCAGUGAAGGCACCCCGCACACACAACCGUCACCGCGUGACCGGAUCCAGCGGAAGGAGGAGGGAAGGAAGAGAGAGUGAGCUGCAGAGGCCCAACAUGUCCCGGCGUGUGUUUACUUCCGCGGUGCUGCUCCUCCUCGUCGUGAUGAUGUGCUGCGGCAGUGGUGGAGCUGCAGCCACUGAGAACAGUGUUUCAGGGGCAGCACAAGGUCAGGGAUCUUCACCGAGUCCAUUUUUUGUUUGGAGGGAUGUGAACGGAGGAGAAACAGUGAGUUCGCUCCAUGUUCCAGUUCUUGUUGAGAUGGAUGGUGGUGUGUUUGCCGUUGCCGAGGCGCAGUUGAAGGAGGGAGGAAGCAAUUUUACUGGGAUUGCCUCGGAGCUCCUGGAGUGGACCGAUAAGGAAUCAAAAGAAUUGGAUACAACUAAACUGAAGACACAAGUACUGGAGGAAUGUCCUGCCGGAAAUAAGGGUUGUGCCUCCCAAACACGAGCUCAGGAAGCUUCCCAAAGCCGGACAAAAGUACGUGUGAGCCGGCCAACAACAGUUGUGAAUGGGAGUGAUAUUUACAUGUUUGCUGGAGACUACGGUUUUGAAGUUACUGAUAAGGCAGCUACUCGUAGCACAGCUGCAGCAGCUAAAUGGGGACUUUUGGUGGCUGUGGGAAACGUCAGUAAUGAUGGGAGCAGCGGUAAAAAAAAAAUUUAUUGGGAAGACGCUUCCGUUAUCCCGUUGACUGAUUUUGAAAAACAACACGAAUCCUUGACACGGCUGAUUGGCAGUGGUGGAUCGGGUGUUCAGAUGAAGGACGGUGCGCUUGUGUUGCCCGUGGAGGGCACGAAGAAGGAUGGAAAAGCCGUUUCGCUGAUCAUGUACUCCUCAGCCAAUGAGAGUGGGAAUCUGUCGAAGGGGAUGUCUGCCGAUGGCUGCAGUGAUCCCUCCGUCGUGGAGUGGAGGGAGGGAAAACUCAUGAUGAUGACUGCGUGUGAUGAUGGCCGCCGCAGGGUGUACGAGUCCGGUGACAAGGGGGAUUCGUGGACGGAGGCACUCGGGACACUUUCGCGUGUGUGGGGCAACGACCAAAAGCGACAUGAGUGGGGCGUUGGAAGCGGGUUCAUCACAGCGACGAUUGAUAACAGGGACGUGAUGCUCGUUACUCUGCCGGUGUAUUCAAACAGAAAGGGAAAAGAAAGGGCUGAACUCCAUCUUUGGCUGACGGACAAUACGCACAUUGCUGAUAUUGGGCCGGUAUCCGGCAACGACGAAGUUGCCGCCAGCUCCUUGUUGUACAGAAGUGGAGAUAAUAAGAAGGAGGAGGAGUUGAUUGCACUGUACGAGAAGAAGAAAGGCGAUGGAAAAGAACCGUCGUACGGUAUGGUCUCUGUGCUUCUGACUGCGCAGCUGAAGCGGGUGAAGAAGGUGCUGACGACCUGGAAGGAAGUGGACGAACGUGUCUCCAAGCUGUGCCUCACUUCACGUGCUGCGGUGAGUGCCUUAACUGAGAAUGCCUGCAGCACUGAUAAGAUCACGGAUGGGCUGGUUGGCUUUUUGUCCGGCAACUUCUCUGGUAACACAUGGAGGGACGAGUACCUCGGGGUGAACGCCACAGUAAAGAAAGGAACGAAUGGGCUGGCAACAGGGUAUGCGGAUGGAGUGACGUUCCGGGGACCGUGGGCGGAGUGGCCCGUUGGCCGUCAGGGGCAGAAUCAGCUGUACCACUUUGCGAACUACAACUUCACUCUUGUGGCGACGGUGUCCGUCCACGGUGAGCCGAAGGGAGAUACCCCCAUUCCAUUGAUGGGUGCGACGAUGAAUGACGGUAAGAAUACUGUGCUCCUGGGACUGUCGUACGACAAAGAGGGGAAGUGGCAGGUGCUGUGCGGUGGCAAAACGACCAAGGAACUCCGCAGUAAUUGGGAGCCAGAGACAACACACCAAGUGGCCAUUGUGCUACGGAACGGCAGCCAGGGCUCCGCGUACGUCGAUGGUCAGCGUGUGGGAGAUGCGUCAUGUGAAUUGAAAAACACGGAUUCGAAAGGAAUCUCCCACUUCUACAUUGGAGGGGAUGGAGGCAGCGCAGGGAGCAAAGAAGACGUGCCUGUGACCGCGACGAAUGUCCUGCUGUACAACCGCCCGUUGGAUGACAAUGAGAUCCGCGUCCUCAACGCAAACAAAAUUUCUAUUCCAAAGCUGACAGGUCUGAAAACAUUGGCGGCAGGAGCAACGGGUGUCGGUACCGCUCGCCACUUUGGGGCAAAUGGUGAUGGCAGCACUGUUUGCGGAGGCGGACUGCUGCCGCUGCUCCUUCUGCUUGGAUUGUGGGGGAUUGUCGCUUCUUGA